AUGAGCAGCCUGACCAAGACAGUGGAGAUCUCAGGAGAACACGGUCCGCUGGGGAUCCACGUUGUUCCUUAUGUCUCCUCUCUCAGCGGACGGGCUCUGGGCCUUCACAUUCGUGGUGUGGAGGAGAACAGUCGUUCUAAGCGAGAGGGGAUCUUCCAGGACGAUGAGUGCAUUGUUAAAAUCAAUGAUACAGAGUUAAUGGACAAAUCCUUUACCCAGGCACAGGAAGUGUUCCGUUAUGCUAUGCGGUCCCCCAUGGUGCGUCUGGAAGUAGUUCCUGUCUCCAACAGGGAGAGGUACGAGAAGAGCCUGAUCGGUCAGCUCUUCAACCAAUCAGGCAGUCCCAAAGCCACACCCAAGACUUCCUCUAAGGAGCCUCCUUCAAUCAAACCUGCCUUUAAGCCCUCUGACUCUCCUACUGCCCGAAUGGCUGAGGACAGCAGCAGCCUAGAGGGCCGACCAAUGGGAUCCCCCCAUCUCGCCCACCCUGUCCCCGUCAGCCUAUCCCCUGUCCCCAAGGAGAAGAGUGACAGCCCACUCCUGAAGAGGAGUCCCACCUUCUCUACCCUGGUGGGCUUCACCAGCAAGAAGGGAGGGAAGAGGCUGAAGAUUGAUUUAAAGAAAGGUCCCGAGGGUCUGGGCUUCACAGUGGUGACCAGGGACUCGUCUGUCCACGGUCCUGGUCCUAUUCUGGUCAAGAACAUCCUGCCGCGCGGGGCCGCCGUCAAAGAUGGACGCCUGCAGUCAGGUGAUCGGAUCCUGGAGGUGAAUGGUGUGGACAUCAGCAGGCGCAGCCAGGAGGAGUUGGUAUCCAUGUUGAGGAGCACCAGACAGGGAGACAGUGUUGCUCUGCUUGUGGCCAGACAGGAAGAUGUUUUCCUGCCCAGAGAACUGAAGGAGGAGGAGGCACGUGCUGUCCUGCUGUCUGAGGAAGGGAAGGAGCAGCUGAUGUUUGAGGUUCCUCUGAAUGACACAGGGUCCGCUGGUCUCGGCAUCAGCCUGAAGGGCAACAAAUCCAGGGAGACAGGAGAAGACCUGGGCAUCUUCAUCAAGUCCAUCAUCCAUGGUGGAGCUGCGUACAAGGACGGUCAUCUGCGUGUCAAUGACCAGCUGAUAGCGGUCAACGGAGAGUCUCUACUGGGGAAGUCGAACCAUGAAGCCAUGGAGACCCUGAGGAGAUCCAUGUCUAUGGAGGGGAACUUGAGGGGCACGAUACAGCUGGUGGUGCUACGAGCCCUGGUCCAAUCAGAGGAUCCAUUUGUCCCUUCGAACCAGUGUUUUGAUGCCUCUGUCAGCUGCCCAGCCAGAUCAGCUAACACCUCAGCCCAGCUGCCUGUGGUCAACAACGUCAUCUAUGAGAGAUCUAAUGUCUUUAAUGGAAGUUCCACCCAGGAGGAUCCCUGGACCAGCCCCAGGGGAUAUCUCCCCGUCAGGCCCAUCCCUGGACCAGCCCCAGGGGAUAGCUCCACCAGGCCCAUCCCUGGACCAGCCCCAGGGGAUAGCUCCACCAGGCCCAUCCCUGGACCAGCCCCAGGGGAUCGCUCCACUAGGCCCAUCCCUGGACCAGCCCCAGGGGAUAGCUCCACCAGGCCCAUCCCUGGACCAGCCCCAGGGGAUCGCUCCACCAGGCCCAUCCCUGGACCAGCCCCAGGGGAUCGCUCCACCAGGCCCAUCCCUGGACCAGCCCCAGGGGAUCGCUCCACCAGGCCCAUCCCUGGACCAGCCCCAGGGGAUCGCUCCACCAGGCCCAUCCCUGGACCAGCCCCAGGGGAUCGCUCCACUAGGCCCAUCCCUGGACCACAGCUGGCCCAGUUUCAGUACCACCACACCAAGACCUCCAAGAGCAUGGACCUGGAGCCGUCCCUGGCCGUGGACCUUGGUCCUACCUUGGGUUUGAAGAAGUCCAGUUCUCUGGAGAGUCUGCAGACGGCCAUGUCAGAGGUCAGGAAGAAUGAGCCCCUCCCCUUUCACAGGCCACGCCCCCACAUGGUCAGGGGGAGGGGCUGCAACGAGAGCUUCAGAGCGGCCAUUGACAAAUCUUACGACGGACCAGCUGAUGAAGAUGAUGAUGACCUGUCCGACCAGAGUUCGGGACGAGACACCCCUGCCAGCGGCUCCUCUCGCCAGGGCGUGGGGGAAGAGGAGAGGCAAGACAAGAAGAAGAAGGCCAAAGGAAAGAAGAAAGAGAAGCUGUCCAACAGUAAAGGACAGAAGAUACCUGAGGACGGGGACGAGUCAGACAAGAAGGCCAAGAAGAAGAAAGGUUUUGCUUUACUGAGGUGA